AUGUCAAACGUUGACGAAUUGGAUGAAUUACCACUGCUUCAAAGUAAAAGUCAACGUAUUGUGCAUCCAUGUCAUAAAACCAAGAAUGAUUCAUCUCAUGUGAAUGAAGAAUAUAUUUGUUAUGGUGAUCGCAUUGCAUUUCUAUGUGAUGGACAACUCUUAGCAUUAACACGUAAAUUUAAUCUCACGUAUCAGCAAAUGGCGCUUGUUGCAGCUUCGACAUUAGCAAGUGGUGGACUCAUGGGCAUUGCUGGGUUUUUUAUAUGGCGGAAAGGAUUAUUUCGUAAACGAUAUGCAGCAUUAUUUGGUGAUAAAGUAUACAAUGAAGACGAGGUCAAGAGGCAUGAAGACCAAGUAGCACACGAGAGUGGAGAGUCUGUGCCUUUAUUAGGAGAACAGGGACAUUGUAGUAAACGAAAAUCAACUGGAAAUGCUACGAGUGGGUAUACAAGGACAAGUAAAGCAGCAGGAGACAUGGAGAACUCGGUGCAAGGUCACAAAAACAGAGUACCACAUGGAUCCGUGGCGUUUCGAUUGUUUGAAUUUGAUGUUAAAACACAACAACUUGUGUUUGCAAGUCUUGGACUUCCUGUAAAAUUUGGAACACCCUUGGUUGUUGUUCAUGCUGAAACGGGACGAGCGAUUCGAUAUUUAACACAUCGAGGAGCCGUGACGAUUAGUAAACCACCAGUGAAUUUAGCGUUUUAUCGACAAGUACGUGCAAGUCUUUUUGCAAUGGAGGAAGCUGCAGUGCAUUAUAAUGCGAUCAAGCGAACUAGACCGCAAUCGCUUAUGACGGCGCGUGUCGCCUCUAGUAACUUGAAUAACAAUAAUCAUGGGGAUGCAAGACCAGAGGCUGACCCGACAGCAAAGGACGAAGAUCAAAUACAUGAAUACGAAGUGAAUGACCUGACGGUGCGUUCGUCUGUCAGUCAGGCUGAUUUUAUCGUGGAACUAACUGAUGAAAGUCAGAAUCGAGGACAUACACAGCGACAAGUGCAUGUUUUGAGCAGCUACCCGCGGGGAAGAAAGCUACAGAAUCUCUCGAAUGUUUCGUCCAAACGUCCGCGGAGUUGUAUGCAGAAGCAUUCAGCAAGCGGAACGCAGUGCAGUGUCCCACGUCGCAGCUUUGAUACGACAAGCUCGACUCCUACGGCGUUUCAAGCUACAAUCGAUGUUCCAAACUCACAGCGGCAUGCGCAUUUUAAUGGAGACGAUUCGAUUGGGGCGACUGUCGUCAGCAUUACUGACGCCAAUACGCCAUCGCGUCGUGGUCAUCGCCGUAGUUCGACGCCAUCGGUGCCAGGGAUGCAAGGGUCGGGAUCGAGUGCGUUCUACCGAUCUAUUUCGGAGUCAUACAUGAAUAUGGUCUCAGACAUUACAGAUACUCUUCAGCAACAACGUGACCGUCAGCGCGACCGUCAGGAAUUAAGACGACGACAGAAAGCGUUGAUGAGAGACUUGCCGAACAUGUCGUUUAACAAUCACUUGGGCAAAUAUUACGUGGCGACAAUCGAGCCAGUUCGACAUCAAACGACUGGCAGUAACUACCGCCUACCAGUGGCUCCUAGCGAUGAGUAUCUGCGCUGGGGGCAGCCCAUGUCCCUGAUUUCUAAGUUUAACGGCCGUGCAUGUGGCAUUCGUCCCCGCGAAUACUACAAGGACAGCGAUCUGUACCUGACAACAGAGGCAUCGUCAACAACGCUUGUGCCUUUACGUGAAGACGGCGACUUAAGGUGCAUGGCGAAGGAGUCAACCCGCUACUUGGCCCAUUUGGAAAAGCGUCAGGUGACGUUGAGCGUGGGCACGUACAAUGUUUGGAUGAUGCCUCGUAAGGUGAGCGCGUUUACGAGCUGUUCCCCUAGAAAGAAUACUCGUGCGCGUAUGAUAGGCGACGUGUUGCCACCUUGUGACAUUUGGGUGUUGACGGAGUGCUUUGAUUAUCGAGCCCGUAACAUUUUGAGGGAUAAGAUGUCGGCGGCGGGCUAUUUUUUCUUCUCACCGACAGUAGGCCACAAGCGCAUGAACAAGUCAAACAUGCGCAAGUUGCUCAACGGAGGUGUUCUACUGGCAAGUAAGUACCCGAUUCUCAGCGUUCGGGUAAAGCUAUUUGAAGGUGCUUGUGCUGGUGCGGAUAAGUUGGCCGACAAGGGUGUGCUGUAUUGCAAAAUUUUGAAGGAUGGACUGCUUGUGCACGUAUUUGCAACGCACUUGCAGGCAUGGAACGAUCCUUUUGCACGAAGUGUGCGGAAAAUGCAGAUGGAUAUGAUAGCAAAGUUCAUGAGUGCAAUGGAUAUUGAUGAAGUGAAUGAUGUUGUGUUGUUCGUAGGAGACUUGAACGUCGACUACUGGUUAAACAAGACGAAUCAAGAGUAUGACGAGAUGUUGGAAAUUUUUGAAGCCAAGGAUUCGUCGAUCAUUCGUCCUCGAACAUUUGGUAACGCGUCAAAUUCUGAUAAGAAACAAUCGGUGGCGGAGUUCAAACACAUGUGCAAAUAUAGUUUUGAUCCGCGCCUGAACGCUUUAGCUGCUGAAGGUUUGAGUACGGAUGGAAGUCUAGAGUUGCUGGACUACAUUCUUUACUCGCGCACGCAUCGCCAGCCCAAGACGGCAUCGAGUUGGGUGCAGCCGCUGACAACAACGUCGCCAUGGAAGUGGCAUGGCCAACCACAGUACAACUUGUCAGACCACUUUCCGGUCGUGAGUGAGUUUACGUUCGAGAUGUAG